AAAGGGGGUAUAUACAGAGUGUGUGACAACCUGGGUCGAGUGUGAGUGACAGCUAAUUCAGUGUUCCCCACUCUGUUUUUUAUGUUUCAUGUUUUCCUCUGCUUUAAUUGUCUUCUGUUCACAACUACUUGGUUUGAGUUUGAACCCUGUCCACUACCUUCUUCUUCCUCUCUCUCUCUCUCCUUCUGAUACCUGCUUCCAUGGCUGCUGAUGAUUCCCAGUCUUCCUCUGCAACUCCAACUCCAACUCCAACUGAAGAGCCCGUGGAGAAGAAGGCGAGCGAGGAGGCUAAAGUGAUGGAGAAAGAAACAGUUUCUUCUCAUGAAGAAACUGCUGAUGUUGUGAAAGAUAUUCCUUCAACUGGUUCAGACCCGAUUGUCGAGAAGGAGGAGCAGACUGAUGAACCUCCUGUUGGUGAAUCCAAACCCGAAGCUGAACCCGAAAAAGAUUCACCUCUCGUGCUGGCGAAGCAAGCUGAUGACGGUGUUGAAUCUGCAGAAAAAGGACAAGAUGAGAAGGAAGAGAAGACAGCAGAACAAGUUGAACCAAAAGAAGAUACCAUUGUGAAAGAGUGUGGUGAAGCCACUGAAAAGGCUGUUGAAGAAGUUGUCGAAGCCACCGGCGAGAAGAAACCAGAAGAGAAUGUUGCUGAGGAAGUGAAGGAGCCGACAUCUACUGGCCCUGCAGAGGAAGAGCAUACGAAGAAGGCUGAUGUUUCUGAAUCAACAGAGGAGGUCAAAGUGAAAGAGGAGGAACCCAUUGAUAUUCAUCCAGUUAAAGAUGUCUCCGAGGAGACAGCGGAAGACGGCAUCAAAGUUUCCGAGGCUGUCUCAGAAGAGGUGAAAAGUGAGACAACUGCAGUAGAGGUUCCUGAAGUUGAGGCAAAGCCAGAGGUUGCUGAACAAGUGGAGACUGUUCCUGUGGAAGUGAAGGAAUCAAUGUCAGAAGUUGAUGUAAAGCCAGAGGAAAACCCUAAAACGACGGAACAAGUUGAGGUUGAGCCUCAGGCCAAACCGGAGGAGAAAACUGUUGAGACCGUGGACUCGGUUAUCACCUCCAAGGACGAAAAACCUUCGGAGGAAGAAAAACAUACUUCCACAGAGUGCCCUGAGCAAAUUGUAGUUACAAACAAAGAUUCUGUCUCUGAGCUGAAAAAGGAGACUGAAGAGGGAGCUUCUUCUGUGGUUGAAGUGGUUGAGAAUGUUAGCACUGAAGACAAAGAGAAACAUGUGGUGGAAGAACCAUCAAAGGAGGAGAAAGAGAAUGUGAGUGAAGAUAAAGCAGUGUUAAAUAACCCUGCUAAAGAAGAUGAGACCAUCAUAAAAGACGCUGAACCUGCUUCAGAUGAAAAGUGUGCAGAGACAUCGAAAGAAACUGAUACAGAAUCCAAAGAGAAAGAAGAUGCAGUAAAGAAACAAGAGGAAUUGGCUACAGAAACAGCACCUGAAGUUAAGAACACCGAGAUAUCGAGUAAAGAGAGCGGAGAGAAGAAACAAGAACCAGAAGUCACCGCCAAAGAAGUUUCUGCAAAGCCAAAGCAUUCAAACAACAUCAUAUCCAAGGUAAAGCAGUCCUUUGCAAAGGCAAAGAAAGCAAUCAUCGGAAAAUCCCCAAGCUCAAAGACUAUCUCUAAUGAAGCCAAAGAGGAAAUCAAGGUUAAGUGAUAAUGGAGUAAUGGGAUAAAGCUCAGCAUGAUAUUGAUUCCUGAUCUGUUCCUUACAAGUAUUUGGUGUCUCUGCUUCAUGUGGGAAAAAAACAAAAGGACAUUCUUUCAUUUUCUUUGUUGUUUAGUUACAUAUAUCAUCGUGUUGUGUGGUUAUUUCUAUGAACCUAAAGUGAUUGCCUUGUGUUA